AAAUGACAGAUGCGAAGAAAGAAAUCUUAAUCACUUUAUUUUUUUACUUUUGACCAAAAUAAAAAGUUGUUUUGUAAAAACUGUGUCAAUUUUUAUGAUCGGAUUUUUCUCUAACCUUUGAUAAAUAAUUAAAAAAAUGUGUUCAAUCGAAUUUCAUAAAUACGGUUAAUAACAACACCAUAAUUGACUUAAUUUACCCCAAAACUAAAAAUGGGCUUUUAAAUACAUUUUGGAAAGGAAUUGAUUUGAAGAGGAUUAGCAAAAUUAACAAUGUUAAGCAGCAAGUUUUACUCAAAAAGUAAUACUACUCAAUGGAUUAUUGACCGGCAGUAUGGCCGGAUCGACAACUUUGUUCGUCAAAGCCUACAAAGUGCAUCUCACUUAAUAAACAACCUAGAAUUGGAAUCAUCUCUUGAAGGCCAUGAUGGCUGUGUUAACUGUCUCGAAUGGAGCACCGACGGCAAGAUCCUUGCCUCUGGGUCAGAUGACUUCCAAGUUAUACUAUGGGAUGUAUUUCACAAGAAAAAGAUCAAAACAAUCAAAACGCCACACACUGGCAACAUGUUUUCGGUUAAGUUCUUACCCAAGAGUGGAAAUUCGCUAAUUGCAUCGGGAGCGGCAGAUAAGUGCAUCUAUGUUUUUGAUAUCAAUCGGUCAAACGAAAAAAUUUUUAACUGUAAUUGUCAUUUAGCCAGAGUUAAGAGAUUGGCUACAGCACCAGAUCAUCCUUAUAUGUUUUGGUCGGUUGGAGAGGAUGGGUGUCUUUUUCAAUUUGAUAUAAGAGAAAAUCAUCGUUGUCGUUCUGAAGACAAUGUUAGACUGCUAAAUUUGUCUGCAAGCAUUAAGGUCCUUACCGAGGCUAAAUGUAUAGCUAUAAAUCCCCGAAGAACAGAACAGAUAGCUCUGGGAGCAAACGAUCCGUAUGCACGCAUUUACGACCGACGAAUGUUAUCCCGAACAUCCGUAAGUUCACCGCCGACUAACAAUCAAGGUGAAGAAAUAUGUGUGGUGCCAAAGGAUUGUGUAACUUAUUAUAGUCCUGGUCAUAUACAUCAGGCUACUCAGAGGUAUAUUGACCACGACAGUCGAGCUAUAACGUAUUUGACUUUCAAUGAUGCUGGCAAUGAGCUACUUGUCAACAUGGGUGGCGACCAUAUUUACUUGUAUGACUUACAAGCGGCUCAGCAGCCAGUUUUCUUGAAUUUACCAGAAUUUCAACCCCCUUUAAAGGACGUUUCGGAAUGUACAACAACUUUUUGUUCACUAUCGGAUUCUAAUAAAAAAAAACUGCCAGAAAAAAUUGAAACUUUUAAAAGGAUGGGAAAUGAAUUUCUGGAGAAUGAGAAGUAUGUUCGUGCCAUUGAUCAAUAUUCUGAAGCAAUCGCUGAUUUUCCAGACUGUCCAGUCCUGUAUUUUAAUCGUGCAAUCGCCUACAUGCGUCGUCUCUGGUAUGGAGACGUCUAUGCCGCUUUAAGAGACUGUCAUCAAGCUCUGAAGCUAGAUCCUUCUUAUAUAAAAGCACAUUUCCGUCUGGCGCGUGCUUUAUUAGAUCUAGGUCGUGUUAAAGAAGCUGACGAAUGCCUUAAGGAACUUGUUAAUCGUUUUCCAAACUAUACAAACAAUCAUGGAGUAAUGAUGCUGCGUAAAGACAUAAUGGAAAACAAGGACAACAAGAAUGAGGAGUCAUACGAACCGGUAGAAUUGCCUGUCGCUGAAUGGCGCUUUAGAAGCAAAGCGAAAGACUACCAUAAACGCUUUGUGGGACAUUGUAAUACCACAACUGAUAUCAAGGAAGCUAACUUCUUUGGUCGAGAUGGUGAGUUUAUUGUAGCUGGGUCAGAUGAUGGAAACUUUUUUAUAUGGGAUCGAAAAACGUGUAAGAUCCGCAGUGUCUACAAGGCGGAUAUGGCAAUUGUUAACUGUGUACAACCACAUCCUGAAAUCUGUCUGAUGGCAACAAGCGGAAUUGACCAUGACAUCAAGAUUUGGAGUCCUCAAAUCCAAGUUCCCGAUGAUAAACGAAACAAAAUACAAUAUAUUGAUAAAAUUGUUGAAUCUAAUCAGUACAGAAUGAAGGCAGAUCCCUUUGACUUAAAUACUCCAGGAACGUUUUGUCGAAGUAGUUAGUUUUCAUACCAAAUUGAUAAAGAAGCUUUAUUUUAUUUUUCUGUAAUACCCUUCAAUAACAAAAAAUAUAUUAUGAUCAAACUUGCCUUCCUUAAUAUUUAUUGCAGUUAUUUUAAAAACAAAAAGGAGUAACCAAGCCCGAAAAUUUCAGAAAAAAAAAACUAUCAGUCUUUUUGUUGUGUGAAUUUUUUAAGAAAAAUCUAAAGUAAAAGCUUUUUAAACAUAGAUUUAAGUAUUCAUGAAUUAUAUGUCUUUAAAUACUAUAUUAUACAUUAUUACUAAAUAAUAACUAUGUUAUUUCUAAAUAUAA